GAAAUUCUUGAAAAAUCAGCAAAUAAAUCUUGAUAUUAAAAAUGCAUUUAAAUAAACAAAACUUAAGGGAAAUUCUAAACAAUUAGACAGUAAAGAAAUUUAAUUAACAUGGAUUUCAAAACCAUUUUCUUUUACACAUUCAUAAUUUCAAGCAUAAUGCUAAGUUGUUGCAUUGACAUGGCCAUUACAAAAAUUGCCUAUAAGAAACCAAUACAUUUGAAAGAAAAAACUUUUGGCAAGGAUAAAAAGGAUAUUUUAUUAGAAAUACAAACCACGGAUAGUACUGUAUCUUUAUUAUCAAAAGAAGUAGAAGAUGUCAUCGCAACAACUCCUUACAGCAAAGAUACUUCGACGAACGAUUCAAGUGAAACAACAUCCAAAGAAGAAACCACCAUUACCACUACCGAUAAUGUUAAAAGCACCCUCAAUUCACCACCUGAAGAUGAUUUCUCCUGUACCUGUGGCAUUUUCUUAAGUUCACAAUUUAUUAAAGGCUCAAGUGAACCACCCAAGGGAGAACCAGCGAUAUCAUCCACCAUAGAGCGUUCGUUUGCCUGCAAUGCCAUUGGUCAGAAACAGUGUCAAACUAAAUGUUUGGAACAGAUUGUUCAACAUUUACCUAAUUCGGCUAAUAUUUUGUGCGCCUCUUUGGAUCGUGAUAUACGCAAGGAACGGGCUUAUUUAUUUGUACGCAAUUGUAGUAAUAAAUGGUAUAAUACUAAUUUGGCAGCCGGAAGAGAGUAUUGCUGUAAAAAUGGUUUACCUUACAGUUGUUCUAAGAAAUAAGUGGCUUUCGUUUUUUUAAGUUUAGAGGAUUAUCUUGUUUUAUAGU